AAUCCAAUUGAUCGCCAUUUCAUCAACUGAUCUUGGCGGUGCAGUUUAAUCGGCGGAGCGAUUUCAAUUGAAGAAGAAAACGAUGGCAGAUCGGAGGGAUGCGCACAAGACAAGGCAAUUUGCCCAAGGCUCCGCCGAACCCCGCCGCUAUUCUACUGUGGGAAUUAAAAAUCUUCGUCCAAGAUACUGCUUUUGUCGUGUUUUUCUCGGCUUCUCUUGGUUAAUCAUCGUCCAUCUUGAAUCUGCUGUUAUAUAUGAGGGCCCAAGAAUAGGCCGAAUGCAUAUUGUGCACUGUAUAUAUUCUUGGAGAGAGUGGUAAUUUCUUCAUUGAAAGAUACUGGGAAGGGAUCUGUGGCUUUCAUACAGGGAUGUGAAGAAUCUGCAUAGUUGAUUUUAUGUUUUUAUCACAGCGUAGCAGAGGAUUUCUAUGAUUUGAGUUGCUUCAUUGAUCGUUGAAGGUUUUAUUUAUCUUUACACAGAGAGCCUUUUAUUUCUUUGGCUCAUUUGUUCGAGUGAUGGUAAGCUUAAGUAUCAAUUACAACUGAUCGAUAUAUGUUUUAUGACAUUUCUCAAUAUUUCAGGACAUCGAGGUGAAUUUGACUUGCGAGAAAGGCUCCAAAGGAACCGUUCUCCAUCGCGUAACUCACCAGAUAAAAGAGAGGGAAAAGCAAUACAAACCACUCAUGGAGACAGCUCUCCUGGGAAAAGGAUUGAUGACAGAAAUGUGCAGAAGAGAAGGCGUUGGGAUGCCCGUGGUGAUUACUCUGGCAGGAUGUCAGAUGGGACUUUAGAUAAGAUGAGAGAAGCGCACUAUGACAAAAAAACGCUCCAGAUGUACUUAGAGGACAAGGUUAAGGAAGCUGAUUCGUUAACUUCUGAAGUUCAUGAACUUAAGAGGCAACUUUCGAAAGAGAAAGAAGAGCGGGAAAGGUUUACUACGAACGUCAAAAAGUUCAUCGAAGUACAUUACUCUCACUUGCGAUUAGAAGACGAACUAAAGAAAUCACAGGCUCAGCUUAAGAAUUUGGUUGCGCAGCUUGAAUUAGAUGUAGGGACUCGCAGGGUAUUUUCCUCGAGUGAAGAGGAGGGCGAACUGAAGAGAUCACAGGGUGAGCUUCAGAAUUUGGGCGAACCGAAUUCUUCCUCACGUAGGCUGAGGUCACGUGUCGAAGUUCAUGGGAAAUCACCUCAAGGUUAGUGUUGGUCCCUCGAACGGAGCUGAUGUCUUGGAAGAUACAUUGAAAACAUCCUGCUUGCCAUUUCCACCACCUCCUCCUCCUAACCCUCAGAAAACAUAUACACAGUACAAAGGCAACAAUGAGAAUGUGGACGCUGAUGGAGUAGGCGAGGAGAUGGUUGAAGUCGAUAUCGUUUUAUGUAUCACAAUUUCAUGCAUCAGUACCACAUUUUGUAACAUCUGGGGCUGUCACAUUUACAAGUUCUUGUGCAGAAAUUAGGUUUGGUUGUUUUUUCUUAUACCCUUUUACUUGUUUCAUGAUCUUUGGAAAUAUAAUGUCUACCUGGUAUACACUUUUUACAA